UUUGGUCGUAUACGGCGAGUCGCUUGGUUGAUCGCGUUCAUUUUUAUCUGGAAACUUAAUUGUCAUUGUUUAGUUUGAUAUCAGUCUUGUAUUUCACAUAGGCAAACAACUCGCUGUUUUAAUAUGCUGAACAUGUUUCGCUUCAUACUGCUGGUGAUCAAUGUCCUGAUCACGUGGAACUCAUUUGUCUCUCCUGAAAUUAAGAGUGUGGACAUUCAAACAGGUUAUGAUCCUGGCUCGUGUAGCAAGAAGGAACGUGGUUUGUUGAAAUUGAUCAAAGAUCGUUCUAACAAUGAUAAACUGUUAAUUUGCGCUGAACAAAAUGGAGUUUAUGCCUGGAAAACAACGGACGGUUCCAGUCCGUCUGGCGAAUAUUUCAACCCCGGCUACGACUGCACGGAUAUCUUGAAUAAGAAUUUUGAGUCUCGAGAUGGAUUUUAUUGGAUAAAUUUGAAUCGAGGUGCUCCCAAGAGGGUUUAUUGUGACAUGACAACAGAUGGAGGGGGAUUUGCGUUGAUUGGUAAACUCAACAGUUCUGUAACAUGGAAAGUUCCGUCCAAAAACACAACAGUUGAUCCAUUUGGUAAAUCUCAGUGGUCCAGUGAUCUCGGUGACGCUCAAGUUCUUGAUUUCAGAAUACAAAUAUCAACCACGGAAAACUUAGCUAAAGCAAAUGCUCACUGGUCCUACAGACUGCGAAAUACCCGGCCUCUUAAAAAUAUCAUGAUUGUUAAUCAGGGGGGUUGUGGAGCAACAUCACCAGGCAUUGGUGACAUCGCUUAUGUCAAAGAUCUCCGGACUGAGAAAAUUGUCGCGACAAAAUUUCGCUGCUCACAGUUUGGAACACAUCAACACUUUUUUCUAAAAAUUGGCUGGGCAAUGAUGAACGAAUGCUUCGAAAAACAAUGUCCUCAAGGUUUUGCUUUUCACCCAAAGUAUCCCAUUCAAACUGACUCGUCGGGGUCUUUCAGCUACAGUGUGGUGAGCGAAACAUCUGGAAUCAGUCGCAAUUCAACCGCAUUUAUCGGCUGUGAUAAAGGAGCGUGCUGCAGUUGUUUUAGUCCGCCAGAUAGCACAGAAGAUCUCUGUGGCACCGAUUGUAAGGCGAAACCUGGCGCAAAUGUGAUAAAGAAUGUUUAUUCAUGGUUCUGGGUGAGGACAUCUUUACCAAAAAAAGUUUGGAACAAAUGCAUGGAUUAUAAAGUUUCGGAAGCGAACGGAGACGAGGUCUGGUACAAGUUGGUUGGUCAAAACGUUGUCCCUAAGAGGGGUCGUUGCUCCAGAAACGAGCCGCUUUUGACUGAUGGAAUUGUAGUUGUUCCUGAUAAUAAGACUGUUGGUAAAAUUCCAGCAGUCCCAGGAAUAUUAAAAUUUCGAAAGGACAAUCAAAAACUUUAUGUAAGAUCAAAUGAAAGAUGGAAUGCAAUUGCAGAUGAGAAAAAGCUUAAGUUACUUAACUCCGCCUUUGCAAAACUUACGGCUCGUUUGGAUGACCUGACUCGGAAUUUUGAAGCUAAAGACGUCUGUGUUCAAACUCAUGCAGCCAGUUGCGCCCAUUAUUAUAAAUGCGGAAUAAGACAUGAUGAUGUUUAUAUGAUCAAUCCUGAUGGCCUGGGAUCGUUCCGAGUCUAUUGUGUUAUGAACGGUGAUGGAGGUGGCUGGACUGUGUUUCAAAGAAGACAAGAUGGAAGUCAAGAUUUCUACCUUGGAUGGUCUGACUAUAAAGAAGGGUUUGGUAAUCUAUACGGAGACUUCUGGCUGGGCCUGGAUAAAAUACAUCGUUUGACGAAAUCUGGCCAAAAUGUUCUAAGAGUUGAUUAUAUGGAUUUCAAUGGCGCUGAACGUUACGCUAAAUAUGGAACGUUUAGUGUGGCUGAUGAAUCAGACAAAUACAGAUUGAAUAUUGGCAGUUAUUCGGGUGACGCAAGUGAUUCUCUGGCUUAUCACAAUCAAAUGCAGUUCACUACGAAGGAUAACGACAAUGAUGCGCGAAGUUAUGAGAAUUGUGCUACGAGAUAUAAAGGAGCUUGGUGGUACAACAGCUGUUAUUAUUCCAACCUUAAUGGCCUGUACCUGGGUGCAGGUCACAGUAGUGACACCGUAAUGAACUGGUACCUUUGGAAAAAUUCACAUUAUUCAUUGAAAAAGGCGGAGAUGAAAAUUCGUCCCAACUGGUUUUAGACAAAAGACACUUUUGUCACCAAGAACGUGAUUUUGAGGAUGUGUUUUGAGUCCCAAGUUUCAAAUUGGUUAUUAUGUGAUUUAAAUCCGAAUUAAUUAGUG